AUGGGAGGCGAAGAAGAGGACGACUUCGCAUGCUCUCCGCCUCCGGGCCCUCCUCCGCUGUUAUCGGAAGAGCAACUGCUUCAUCUCGCGCGGCAGGGCUGGUUAUCCUUGCCGCUGCCACAAAAUCUGUUGAAGACGGUUGGAAACUUGUUCAAAAGCUCGACACGGUUCUUCGAGCUGACGGAGCGGGAGAAGGCUGAGCUGUAUCCCUCUAAGUCGGGAACCGAGUUUGGCUUCUACACGGUCCCCAACGAGAAGGAGUACAUCACAUUUCGCUGUCGCAUUCACACGGGCUACCAGCCAAGAUUGUCGUCACCACAACUGCCUCUCGUACAGGACCUUGAGGACAAUGCCGCGAGAGCAUGGCAAGAAGGAGCGCUUCUGUUGUGGCGCAUUCUAUGUGAUAUUACCCGGUGGUCUGAUCUAGAUCUAUCGAUAUGGAAUGACAUCCUGGACGGCACCCAGACCAUGCCAGAGUCGCGGAAACGACUCCCAUACACGCUGCUGCGCGUGUUUCGAUACUCGCCAGCCACGGGAUUUGCCGAAAAGCAUACCGACCUUGGCUUGUUGACCAUCUGCAUAGGUGACCGUGGCGGUCUUGAAGUCUUGGACCGGCUCAAGUCCACGGAUGACAAGCCCGUGUGGAUCGACAGCAGGACCGAACCACGUGCGGCGACAAUUUUGGUCGGGCAGACACUCAAGGCCUUGUCAAACGGAAUGCUGAGUCCCGGGAUCCAUCGGGUCGUGGAGAAUCUCAGCGGCAGGAACAGCGUUGUUUUUGCGCUACGCCAUUCGCCAAAGCAUGCUGUUGACUUCAGCUUGUUUGGGGGACAAGGCUGUGUCAGCGCAAAGGAUUUGUGGAAAUUCAUCCAGGUCGGCAAGGUCAACAUAAACUCCAUCAAGGAAAGGAGAGAUGCACAGAGAGCUAGACACGAAGCCGAGCGGCUGGCCAUGGGGAAUCACCAGGGAUGGGACGUAUGUCGAGGUUGA